UGGUGCCGCCGCUGGAUGCGCCGGGCGGUCGCUCUGAUCGAUGCGCUCCGCGUCGCUUCCCUGCCCCAUAGCGCCAUUUUGGCCGCCGGGGCCGGAGGGAGCGAGCCGGCUGCGGGAAGUGGUGCGGAGCGAGAGCCGCCCAGGUCUCGCUACGGCUACCUGGAGAAGAUGACAGAUCUGGUGGCUGUAUGGGAGGUUGCUUUAAGUGAUGGUGUUCACAAGAUUGAAUUUGAACAUGGAACUACAUCAGGAAAACGUGUUGUAUAUGUAGAUGGAAAGGAAGAAAUAAGAAAAGAGUGGAUGUUUAAACUAGUGGGUAAAGAAACAUUUACAGUUGGAGCAGCCAAAACAAAGGCUACCAUUAACAUCGAUGCAGUCAGUGGUUUUGCAUAUGAGUAUACCUUGGAGAUCAAUGGGAAAAGCCUCAAGAAGUACAUGGAGAACCGGUCAAAAACAACAAAUACUUGGGUAUUAAGCUUGGAUGGUGUGGAUUGUAGAGUUGUGUUAGAGAAGGACACUAUGGAUGUCUGGUGCAAUGGUAAAAAAAUGGAAACAGCGGGUGAAUUUGUAGAAGAUGGAACAGAAACUCACUUCAGUGUUGGUGAUCAUGACUGUUGCAUUAAGGCUGUCAGUAGUGGAAAACGAAGGGAAGGAAUCAUUCAUACUCUUAUUGUAGAUGACAGAGAAAUUCCAGAGGUUUUGGAAUAGCCUGGAGUUAAUCUGUUAUAGAAAUAAAGAUCAGGGAUUUAUUACUGUGGUAAUUAAUGAUGAUAAUAUGUACUUCCAGGUACAUUUAGUUUGUGCUUUUUAUUUUCUGGUUACUGUAUAUGAAAUUAUAAUAAUCUUUUUGAGGACCAGAUGAAAAUAUCCAAUUAUGUACAGCCUCAGAUAUUACCAGUUCUUUUGUAAACUAUAUAAAUAUAUAACACUAAGUAUAAGGAGGGGAAGGUGGACUUAUGUAGGAAUUGUUUACAAGGAAAUCUUUGUUACAAUAAUAAAAUGCAAAAUAAAUAAGCAGUGUACUAUUGAAUUUUAAGAAGUUUUUGAACUUGAUGUGGUUUUCUUUUCAUGUUCUGCAUUCAGCUGCUCUGCACAAUUUUUGCAAUAGUACACCCAGCCCUGAGCUGUUUUUUAUUGAUAAAUGUUUCUUGUAACAUACUAAUGUCACUUUAAAAUUCCUAUGGUUGCAGUUAAGACAAUAAAUAGCUAUGUAAUUGCUAAAGUUAAUAAAACAAAAUAUUGAAAAUUUAGAUAUUCCAUACUUACAGCAACUAUACUAAUAUAUACAACUCUUAUUAAGACUAAGGGGGGAGAGAAAUUACAAAAAAAAGGGAAUGGACAAUCUCACUAGUUUGUCUAACAUCUGUACAUUAAAACUGUUGUAAUGAUUAAAUAGCUUCUGCAUUCCAAGUAACUAUUUACAUUUAAAAAUUCACUGUGGUGCCAAGACACUUUUUAAAUGAAAUAUUUUGAUGAAAACUGACAGUAAUAUGAAAGCUCCUACCAAUCCAGCAUUUAGCUAAACAAAACUUAAACCUAUACUGCAGUGUGAACAAGGGAAUACAUGAAAAAUCAAUGGAAAUGAAAGGGGGGAUCUGUUGGCCAAGUGCAAAAGCUAAAUCAGGAGUGGAAUGUUCGUGUUUUCAAGCUUAUAGGAUGGUAUUAACUGUUAAUUUUAACAAAAUAUAAAAAGAAAUUAUUUGAAAGUGCGCCUAGAGUACAUUAAAGAAGUGCUAACUCACAUAGUAUGUACUGGAGUCCUUUUGUGAGACACAAUAGCUUUAUAAAGCAUUGACAUCUUUAUGCUUUAGGUUUCAGACUAGUGUGUCUAAUGCAUUGCUAUAGUUAUGAUUGGGAUGGCUUUUGUUCCAUACCCUGUUUUGUUGUAUUAAACUGUAACAAAAAUUAAAA